GUCACUCUCUCUCUCUCUCUCUCUAUGGAAACUUAAUCCCCAAGGCAAAGACCCCGUCAAAAGCAUAUUCAUUUCCAUCUUCUCCUCCCCUUCUCUUGUCUCAACACUUUGUUUCAGAGCCAACUCUUGAGCUUCUACGCGUACUUAGUUCUUCUUUUUGUCGUUUGCAUGCGAUGAGUUUCUUGAGACCAACAGCAUUGUAUCAGUCCCUGUUGACCUCCCUUUCACUCAGAUGGAUGCCUUGUCAAAGCUGGGUCUUUCUUCUUCGCUGGCCCGGUCUUGAUGGCUUCUUUAAGAUACUUAUUGGUUUUCUUUUGUGGUCAACCUUUUCUGAGAUUCGCUUCAUACCUUCCUCUUCUAUGUUCCCAACUCUUCGUGUUGGUGAUCGCAUCUUGAUUGAAAAGAUAUGCUUUAUUGGAAAUUCUAGCCCGUUCCCCACCAAUUUCAGCUUGAUUGAUCUAGACAUGAAGAAUUUUCAGGCCUCCUAUUACUUCAGAAAUCCAGCUGUAAAUGAUGUCAUAACAUUUCAAGCUCCAAUUCAGGCUCAUUUACAGCACCCUGGAUUAGGGGAGGAAGAUGUUUUUAUUAAAAGAGUUGUUGCAAAAGCAGGAGACUUGGUUCAGGUUCGUAAUGGUUUGCUCUUUGUCAAUGGGAUUGUGCAGAAUGAAGAUUUCAUAGCAGAGCAGCCAAGAUACACGUCAAACUUAAUAUGUGUGCCAAAAGAUCAUGUUUAUGUGUUGGGGGACAAUCGCAACAACAGCUUUGACUCCCAUGUCUGGGGACCCCUGCCUGCAAAAAAUAUUCUUGGCAGAUAUGUCACAUGCUGCUUCAGACCGUCAAACAGCACGCCUGAAAACCAUCAGAGAAGUGAACAGAGAUAGCAGUUCACAUGCAUGGUGUUGCUUCUUUGCUGCCUAACACAUUUUUUAUGCAGAUCCAUCAAACAGCUGAGCUGAAAACCACUGGAGAAGUGAAUAGAGACAGUAAAACCCCCUCCCACCCUCCGCAGUAUCAUGGGAACAUUUCUGUAUAGCAAUUCACAUGCAUGGAGUUGCUCCUUUGCUGCCUUUAACUCAUUGUUUUAUGCACAUUGAUUGAAUUGUAAGCUAUUCAUGUAUGCAUGUGCCUAGGAAAUCGUAAUCACAGGAAACAGAAUACCAUAAACAUUGAGUUUGUUUUUGCACAUCUUUGCCAUUUGUGACGUCGUUUUCGGGUCACUUUUUGGGUAGCAUUGUACAUAUUUUGAAUUUAUGCAUAUUUGCAUUCUGCAUAAUAGAGUCUGAAUCCCACAUAAAUUUUACUUA